UUGAAAAACACGAGGAAUUUCACUUUCAGUGAUAACGUUGUACUUAACGAACGUAGUGAGAUUGAUUCUGUUAUAUUCUCCAAUCUCCAAUUCGAAGUGUCGGACACGUGGUGUAUGUUGCACGACCUUAAAACAUGUCCGUUAUGGGUUUUAGCCCUACACGGACCUAGCUCCCGUGUGUAAGACUGACUGUACUGCUAUAGAUAACCCAAUAGGUUAUAGACAGCCAAGAACAUAAGCGUCUUGUGGCAAACUUAAUCCAACUACGGUUGUUGCGGCGUUUUUAAAUAUCGGAACCAUCAGAAAAGUGGUUUAUUCUUUUUGUCGGAUAAUUAAUUCAUCGAUAGCCAAUCCCAAUUAAUGGCUUCAAUUCAAGAAGAAGAAUGAAGAGUAAUUCAAUCAUUACGGUAAGUUUAACCAAUUUAACUUUAACUUUGUAUAUACGUUACAUAUUCUCAUAAGAAACGUUAAUUAUUCUUGAUGGAUUUGCGAUAAAAUUGAAAAAAGUAUAAAAUUAAAAACAAUAAUUAUCAAACGGUUGGGUAACUAUUCGUUCUAAGAUAGCUGGACAUUUUAGAUUUGUAAAGAAAAAAUAUCUGUAAAAAAUGUAUCGAAACAUAAAUUCCGAAUAGAGCUUUCAUUCCCAUUUCCUCGAUUGCUCGCACGUGGUUCGAAACGGUUCACGUUUUUGUCUCGUGCGCAUGCGCCUCAUGUAAGCAUAGAUACAGAGAGAUAAACAUAGCAGAAGCAUUUUACCAACACUUGCGAAGCAUAAAAGCUUUUGUAAAAUGUCAAUAAGCACAGUAAAAAUGGUAGGACGUGGAGAAGGACAGCUCUAUUAUACAAGUGCCCCAAGUACAGAACUAUAGGCGGGCAGUGAAACGUUACGCAUUGUACAAAUAAACAAUAGUCUGCACUUAAUUAAUGAGUUACUCGCUACGGGUAGUAAGCUACUGUCCGUGCUCGCAUAUCGCCUUAUUACGCGCUUGAGUAAGGCUUUCGUUCAGUGAUUGCAUAUGGUGCAGCAGUCAAAGAAGAAAAAAUACAGUUUGGCUACACGUCAUACUAGCGCCCACACGAAAGAGCAUUUUCCGCGAACGUCACAGGUGUGCUAAAGAAACAAUCCCGCAGAAGGUUCAAUUACUCGAAGCGAUCUGUGAAUGUGAAUUCAUUCGACACGCAGGCAAAGCGUCAUCGAAGUGAGGAGCACGACAAAUAUGUCUGUAAAUAUACGCAUCGAUGAGGCUCGCUCCCUUGGGGACCAACAUGACCAACAAGGUUGCGAUGGACAGACGACGUGUGAGGAAGCGUGUCGUGACGAUGGCGAUGUGGAGGUGGACAUGAAAUUUGGUUUGUUCGUGGAUACUGAUCGUUCGAUGCCUCGGAAUGUAUCGGAAGAGGAGUUCGAUUUUGAUUCCGCUUUCAGUUCCGAAUCGAACCAAGGGCUCACCGAUGAAAGUACGAUUGACCACCUGGACGACAGAAUGCUGCCAGAUGGUGCAGUAGAACGGGAGCGGCUCAAAUCCCUGGAAGACGAACAUGAAAUCCUUUCGUCGAAUUUGAUUGCACUGACAUCACAUUUUGCCCAGGUGCAGCUACGACUGAGGCAAAUAGUGGAAGCGCCACCGCAGGAGCGGGAUACUUUGCUGAAAAAUCUGGAAGAGUUUGCCUUCCUUGGCAUACCGGAAAUACAACAGAAUCCGGUGAAGCAAAACAUUCCCGAAAUUGUGGCCAAUCUCGACAAGAGCCCCGAAUCGGUGGAAAAUUUGCGCGAAAAACAACAGGAGCUUAUCGGGCAGCUGAAGUCGCAGCUAAUGGACCUGGAGCGAUACGCAUACGAGUCUGGGGCGGGCAUCCUGCCACAAACGAUUCUUCUGGAAAAGCAGAAAGUAAUCAUCGAGGAAAUAAAGAAGAAAAUCAACCUUAACUUGAACGAGCUCGACUUGCCACAGCUGACAUCGGAAGAUCUGCGCCAACAAGUAGACAGCGCUCUCGAUGAGCUAGUGAAUCCACUGAAGAUGAAGGAACAGUUAGUGACGCAGCUGAAAACGCAAAUUCAGGAUCUCGAGCGGUUCAUCAGCUUCCUGCAGACAAACGAGAAAGCGGAAAUCAAAAAACGUUUCCUGGAGCAGCAGAAGCAACAGGAACAGAGAGCCGAGGCAUCCAAGGGAAACGAGGACCGAUCGCAACGUUCGUCGGACCGUCACACUCUUUCAAAGCCUAUGUCCGCUCACCCGAGUAACGGCACCAGUGCAAGCCAGGCUGCUGCGAAACGGGAAUCGUUCAAUAGCAAAGCGUUUGGUUUGAUGGAUAAGGCCGGAACGCUGCUGCAAAUGUUCGCCCUGUCGCAGUUCAACUGUGGAAGUGAGCAUCGAAACAGCGAGACAAACUAUCAAACCAAGAUGAUGACCCGCACGCGACAAAACUGUUGGGGCGAUAUUCGAGCAAGACUGGAGUACGACGUGCAGGAGAUAGCGUCUUUGGCGCUAACAAUGCAAAAUGAAAUAUCACCCAAGGAAGCGGACCACAACGACGAGGAAGACGAGGACUCGAACCGUCCUGGCCGUGACAAUAGGAAGAAUUACGAGUUGACGCUGCUUGUUCGCAAGCGUUUGGCGAAAACUAUCCAACGGUUAAUGCAGCACGGUUUGCGGAGCAUUUCCGAGAGUGCGAGCCACAGCCUUGUACCAUUCAUUUCCGGGUGCUUUUCUACUACGGGCAGCGGCCAUAGUGGUACUAAUCAUUCCAGCAUGAGCGGUCGUGCAAAUGAAAGUUUCUACCGCUCGGAAGUUAGACGAAAGAGUACCGGGGCAACGACUACUGCGCCGAAGAAACAAUCGUCGUAUGUGGAGGAGGAUGCGUCGAAUGCGGCCGUUACGGAGGAGAAUCUGUUUUCUCAGUUAGAUGACGAUGAAGAAGAGGAUAUGGAACCACAAUUCGAUAGCAAUAACAAGGACGAAAUGCAUGUCUGGGAGUUGCUGCUGGUGUAUUACAAUAUAAAAAAUGGUGAUCGUUACAACUCGACGCCGGCUAGAAAGUUGUCAGAAAGCUUCAACCUGGACAUCGUGGACGGUAGACCGUUGUCGAACAAGCAGAGUCUUCUCAGUGCUAUUGGGUCGAUCAUAGCAUUACACAGUCCCUACAAGAGAAGCUACGAUUCACAGUUUAAGGCAUUCGUAUGUGCCGGAUUGAAUGCCCAGAAGUUAACACAAUGGCUGUACCUUAUAUUCCAGUGCAAAGAGCUGGUUAGCUCGCAUUAUGCCAGCUGGAGCUAUGUGGCCAACACCGGAUUUCGCGACGCUCUAAAAACGUUGGAUUGCUUGACACAGUACCGGUUUGAUCUUCCAGUCGAUUUAUCAAUUCGUCAGUUUAAAAACAUCAAAGACGUUUUUAUGUAGUUAUCCAAACUCUAGCACAGCAGCUAUUCGGAUGCCCUACGACGAAACAACAGUCACCAGUUAAAAUAUGUUUGCUAAAUAACCUUCCGGUACCUUAACAAGCCUGUCCAACAACAACCGUCAACAUCUCGAUUUUUCUCUCUGUCCCUUAAACCUUCCACCGAAAGUUUUGCACUUUCAAGCUCGUUAUUCACUCGUUACGUACCAAGAAAGUAAAAAUAUAUCUUCUGGAUGUGAGGAGUAUUGUAAUAUACGUAUCCAAAUUACAUCAACAGAUCCGCUUAUGGCAUGGUCGUGUAUCAAAAUGGAGGAGCAAAUGGUGGAAGAAGAGUUGUUAGAAAAUAUCAUUAAAACGGACCUUAUCACUAUGCAA